CUUACACUUCACGGUGUUAUUAUAGUAAAGCCAGUACAUACGUCUUGUAGUUUGGUCGGAAACCUAAGCAUAGACACGAACUCUUGUUGGCGGCAGCAAAAUGAAAGCUGCCGAGAAGGUUGUAGCCUAUUACUAUGACGACGAGAUUGGGAACUAUGACUAUGGCGGUGGCAACCCUAUGCGGCCGCACAGAGCGCGCAUGUGCUACACGCUGGUUGACAGUUACGGGCUCACCAAGAAGAUGAUGCUGCAGCGGCCGCGUCCGAGGACGUUUGAGGAGCUGACAGCUUUCCAUGCGGAUGAUUACAUCAACUUCCUGAAGGGCGUCACACCCAACACCGUUGACGAGAACAUGACGCAGCUUCGACGGUUUAACAUGGGCCUUGCUGGUGAAGCAGAUUGCCCGGUCUUUGACGGAAUGUACGAGUUUUGUCAGACUUACUCUGGAGGCUCAGUGGAUGGGGCUGCCCAGUUGGCGAGUGGCGCAGCGCAGCUUGCCUUCAAUUGGUCCGGCGGCAUGCACCAUGCCAAAAAGGCGGAGGCCUCCGGGUUCUGCUACGUGAAUGACAUCGUGCUAGCCAUCCUAGAGCUGCUGAAGACGUACGCCCGGGUGCUGUAUGUGGACAUUGACAUCCACCACGGGGACGGAGUGGAGGAGGCCUUCUACCUCACAGACCGGGUCAUGACGGUGUCGUUCCACAAGUUUGGCGAGUUCUUCCCCGGCACGGGCGCCCUGGACGACAUCGGGCACGGUAAGGGCAAGUACUACGCGGUCAACGUGCCGCUCAAGGACGGCAUGGACGACGACUCGUACCGCCUCAUGUACGAACCCAUCAUGCAGAAGGUCAUGGAGAUGUAUCAGCCGGGGGCCAUCGUGAUGUGCUGCGGUGCCGACUCGCUGUCCGGCGACCGGCUGGGCUGCUUCAACCUCUCGCUGGAGGGGCACAGCAACUGCCUGGAGUUCCUGGCAAAGUUCAACGUGCCCAUGCUGAUUGUGGGCGGUGGCGGCUACACGCUGCGCAACGUGGCGCGGUGCUGGUGCUACGAGACGGGUCGCAUGAUGGGAGUGGACCUGCCGGACGGGCUGCCGGAGAAGGCGCUCGACUCAUUCAACAUGUACAUGGACACCCAGCGGCUGCGUAUCGCGGUGUCCAACAUGAAGAACGCGAAUGACCGCCAGGAGCUGGAGGAAAUCAAGACCGCCGUGUUGGAGCACCUGAGCCGCCUGCCGCCAGUGCCCAGCGCGCAGAUGGCCUACGUGCCACAGCGCAUGGGCCGCGACCGGCCCGAGGAGGGGCUGCCGGAGGAGGACCCCGAGGCGCGCGGCGGGGGGCAGGCGCAUGAGGACAUCCGGAGGGUGCGGGAUGGAGACGAGAGCGACGGAGAGGAGGGCAGCGGGCGGGGCGGGUAUGGGGAAGACCCCGCCGCGCUGCAAGGGGGGCGGGUGUAUCGCAGGUAUGCGCCGGAGGGCGGCAGCGGAGGCGGCAGCAGGGGCCAGGAGCAGGAGGAGGCCAAGCCACUCGACCUCACAGCCGGGCAGGAGGCGGGUGGCGGCAGGGCGGCGGCGGCAGGGGGCUCGGGUGGCGGCAGCGGCGCUGCUGGCGGCCCCGCAGCCCCGCGACCCGUGCAGGUGGACGUGGCGGCGGCGCUCCAACAGCAGCAGCAGCUGGCAGGGAUGGCACUGGGCCUAGGGGUGGACCCGGCGACGGCGGCGGCACGACUGGCGGCGGCAGUACAGCAGCAGCAGCAGCUGGCACAGCAGCAGCAGCAGCAGGGUGCGGGGGCACCGCAUGUAGCAGUCAAGACGGAGGUAAAACUGGAAGGAAGCAGCGGUGGCGGCAGCAGCAGCGGUGGCGGCGCCUCCGCCUACCCUGUUGGCAUCACGGGCGGCGGUUUCACCGCUGGUUUCAUGGAGGCCAAUGGCGGCAGCGCCGGCGGUGGCAGCGGGGCACCUGCUGCCGGGGGCGAGGGCCACGGGAUGGGAGUUGGGGUUGGGGGGGUGCCCCCUGAGCUGCAGCAGGCCCUCGCGAACCGGCAGGUGCUGCUGGGGGCGUAUGCGGGGUUCCCACUGGGGGCGGCGCAGCAGGGGGGGCAGCUCCCGGGGGGCGGCAGCGGCGGCGGCGCGGGGAACAUGGGGCAACAGUAGAAGCCGCAUGGGGCUUUGGAUGGUGCUAAUAAGCAUUGUCGGGGUGGGACGCAGUUAUUACCGCCGCCGCUGUUAUUACCGCAGCUGUUGGUGUGAUGCGGAGCUGCGGUACACACGCGCCAGGAACUGCAGAGGGCUAUAGGCUUAAUUCUUAGGAUUUGACCUUUCGUGUACAUUCGCGUUUGUGUGCUUGACGGACGGACCAAUGAAACUGACUGUUUAUGUAGAGUGUCAAUGCAUGUGCGUCUUGGCUAGGCGCAUGCUAGAUCGCAUGAAACAAACAAACAAUUACUGUUAUGGGUGAGUUGGAGGACAGGCAUGUACCGGCGACUGCAUGGGGUCCACAAUUAGGGAGUUCAGGAGGCAUUUGGCGAGGUGAGCACACAGUGUGGGGGCUGACGGUGUAGUGUGAAGUAACGAAUGACAGUCAGGACUGCAUGUUGGAUUGGUGUUGGGCGCCCAGGCGGGGUCAGGAUGGUGGUGUUACAGGAAGGCCCUGCGCAAUGCCCGGUGACUUUGACAUCUAACCAUGAGUGUAGGCGUAGGUAGGGUGGCGUGUGGGUGCUUUGGUCCAUAACAGUUACUAAUGCCUCUUGGGCUGUACUCUUGGGGUUAUGGUCGGGAUGAGCGGCUGUUCGUUUCAAGGGUGUGGCUCGUGCAUUGUUACCGCGACACCUCUUCUGAGUGCAUCUGCACAAAGUAAUGUCGGUUGCCACUUCUUUGGCGGCGUCUGCUAUUUCGGUUGUGUGUUCGAACCAUGGAUACGGCAGAGAAGUGUGCACGUACUUGGACUCUUGACCGGCACAACAGAAGGUUGCUGGCGAAGGAGCAGGCAACAAUCUUUACUCCUUACAUCGCUUGCCAACAUAGUAUACCAGCUUUACAGUAUCUUCCUUUCACAACCUCAUAUCGCAAAGCCCCUGCGUACGACAUCACAAGC